AUGAGCGGAAGCGAAGUGAAUUACGGCGCGACCGAUGAGGAGGAGAGCGUCACUCGUCGUCGUCGUCCUUCUCUUUUCGCGAGGCAGGAUUCCAACGAGUUCUCCUCCUCAUCAAUUAAAGCGGGAAGUACGGGAAGUUCAGAUUUGGGAAGCGUGGUGACGCCUUCUGUGCGCUCGUUGAAAGUUGGCGGAAGAUUUGGUUCUAUUCACUCUCUGAGCGGCUUUGGGGGAAGUUUUGUCGCGGGCGAUGGAGAAGAAGACUUGGAGGAAGAAGAUUUAGAAUCCGGUUUGGGGAGGAGAAGAAGAAGUCAGAACAACGAAUCGUUUUCGGAUUUGGCCAGACGUCGAAGCGCGAUGCGCAGACGAGGCCGAAGCAGCGAAGAAGGAUUGUCGAUUGCGUCCUCGGCGAGUUCGACAAUCAGUUCGAUAUCGGUGUCGGUGAAGGGAAACGAUAGAUUGUCAAACGCCGAUACGCUUCUGGAGAAAGUAGGAGAAGACAAACAGGAAAGACAGUGUGCGCCACACUGUGCGCCACACAUCUUCGUCUGGGGGAUCCCAGGAGCUUUGUGUGCCACAUCGUACGCGUUGUACAACGUAUUUAUCAAACUGGGAAGCUACUCGAUUUCACCGGUGUUGGGAGGAGUUAUUUUACAAUUCGUUGCGUGCUUAUUAGGUGUCGGUCUCUUAGUAUUCGAUCGGAGGAAAAGCGAGUAUAACGUCUGGCAAGAGUUGAAAGAGUCUGACAGAGUUGGUAUUAUAUGGUGCUGCGGAGCGGGUCUCGCCGUGGGGACGGCUGAAAUGUUGAGCUUUUAUGUCUCGUCUUUAGGCGUCUCAGCGUCUCAAUCGAUACCUGUAAUCAUCGGAGGGUCCGUAGUGUUUGACGUCAUCCUCGGCGUCUCGUUCUUGAAUGAAAGUUUCGGUUUGAAAGCGAUGCUAGGCGUUCCUGUCAUCGUAGCAGGUAUUAGUAGCGUCGCCUCGUCUGUUACUGGAACGGAAGGUGGCAGCGUGACAAUUGCGGCAUUGUUGGGCUUCGGCAGUUCCUCUCUUGCCGCAAACGAGACGGUAGAAUUAGAAUUGGUUGAUUGGAUAGGACCGGCGAUUGCUUGUGCGAUGGCGUACGCUUUGUAUAAUGUUUUCAUAAAACAUGGAUCGGAUACUAUGAAUCCUGUUCUUGGCGGGGUCAUUUUGCAAAUCGUUGCCAUGAUUCUGGGUUCAUCUUUUCUGGGCAUUCUUCUUCGCGCCGGUUUUUCUGAGAUCUUACAUUACGACAUAAAAGGUAUUUUCUGGGCGUGUAUGGCCGGCUUUUCGGUUGGGACUGCGGAAAUAUUGAGUUUUUACGUCUCAUCUCUCGGCGUUCCCGUCUCCAUUUCGACUUCGACCGUUGUAGGCGGGUCGGUCGUUUUGGGCUCAUUAAUAGGCUGGAUUGCUCUUGGAGAUAUAAUUACCUUUGGUUCUGGUUUCGGCGUUCUUUUUGUUUUAUGUGGCGUUAUUUCGGUUGCUAUGGAUGCGGGCGAUCACGAUGAGGAUGAAGUUAUAUCGGACGAUGGUGCCAACGUGUCGAGUAAAACAAUCGGCGGAGAUGGAACUGUAAACCAGUACAAUGAUUUCUUUAAAAAGGUACUGGAUCGAGAAAAGCAGGAAAGCCCAGAGCAAGGUAAAGGCACGGACGCGAUCAUGAAUCCUGCUGCGUUGGAGAAGAAGAACAAUCGAUAUAUUCCCGCGAUAGAUUCAAUUAACGAGGAAGGUUCCGUGCAUCGUCCAACUUCUCCGAUGCUUGCUCGCUUUCUCGUUGGUACGGACCCGCUUGCCGCAGAAAACUUGGAAGACUACUACUUCGGGAAACCGUUUGCUGGAUUGAGUUCGGACAGUGAAACCGACUCAUCGAGAAGGUGA